ACCAUAAAUAAGAGCAGCAUACCUCUUAACUCUUCAGUCUCCUCCCAAUUAUUUUCUGAUACUGUAGAUCUCCUCUUCUUCUUCUUCUCCUCCAUGGAAGAACGAAAAAGCUUGGCUGGAUAUGAAAGACAGGAAGAGAAGAAGAAGAAGAAGGAGGAGCGGCAGCUGGGAGGUUUCAGAACCAUGCCGUUUAUACUUGCAAAUGAGAUUUGUGAUAGAUUUGCGACGGCAGGAUUCAAUGCAAAUAUGAUUCAGUAUCUUCAAAACGAGCUUCAUCUUCCUCUCAUUCAGGCUACUAAUACUCUCACUAACUUCGGCGGCACGGCGAGCCUCACCCCUAUAAUCGGCGCCGUGGUGGCGGACUCCUUCGCCGGCCGGUUUUGGACUAUUACUGUUGGAUCUAUCAUUUAUCAACUAGGGAUGGUAGGAGUGACAAUCUCAGCCAUCUUACCCGUUUUCCGACCGCCGCCAUGCCCUCUCCGAUCCCCAUCCUGCCACCAAGCUUCCGCCUGGCAACAAGCUUUCUUCUACAUCUCCCUCCUCCUCACGGCGAUCGGGUCGGGCGGGCUCCGGCCCUGCGUCGUGGCCUUCGGAGCAGAGCAAUUCGAACUGGACCGGCCCCAACCCAACGGGCCCAAAAGCGGGUCGAGCUUCUUCAACCUCUUCUUCUUCAGCGUGGGGAUUUCAGUAUUGCUUGCCCUAACAGUUGUGGUUUAUAUACAAGAUAAUGUCGGGUGGGGAUUGGGGUUCGGGAUUCCGACCAUCGCCAUGUUUUUAUCAGUGAUAGUCUUUGUCGUCGGGUACCCGCUUUAUAUAAGGAGGAAGCCGGGAGGGAGCCCGGUGGCCCGACUGGCCCAAGUGGUGGUCGCCGCCGUGAGGAAGAGGAAGCUCGCUAUGCCGGCGGACGCUGAGCUUCUGUAUCAGGAUAAGGAGCUUGAUGCCGAUAUUUCGAUCGCUGGUCGGCUGCUGCAUACGGACCAUUUGAU